CUAAUUGAAAUAAUCUCAAAAAAAAAAAGUCUAAUUGAAAUGAAACUUAAAAAAAAAAAGCUAAAAAGAAAAUUUUCUAAUUGAAAUGAAGAGACUUUGAAAAAAUGGAGAGGAUAACGCACAUGUGGACAAGCUGAAAACUCGUGUUGCAAACACCUCCAUAACAAUCCCAUUUACUCAGAAGCUUACCAGUCUCUAUAGAGCCGGACUUGAAGACCCCGCCCCAAGAAACGCAGGAUAUGGCCUCUCUAAACUUGUCCUUCCCUCCGGCGACCACCCCCCGGAGAAGAGCACGCACAACGGCGGCGGCGACGAAGAAGUCCGUCGGAAGCAGGCAAGAGAAAAGCCUGCUGGACUGGAUUCUCGGGUACCUGCAGAAGGAAGAUCAGCUGCUGGAGACCGACCCGAUCCUGAACAAAGUGGAGAAGAAGAGAGGCGGCACCGCCGGUGGGACCGCUGGUGGCCGCCGUAACUCGGUCGCUCUUCCUAAACAGAAAUCCAAGCCCAACGGCGACGGAUUCGGUGGCUUCGGCGGCCUCUUUUCAAAGAAACCGAAAUGAUCGGUUGGAUUCCAUGAUCUCUGCUCUGUAAUUCUGCUUUAUCUUUCAAAUUCAAAAGUUCAUGUGAUUCAGAACACAUAUUCUGGCAGGAAUUGGAUUAUUAUCAAUCUGUACUGAAUCAAACUCAAAUUGAAAAUCUUGAACUGUUAAAUUUGAGUUUCUAUAUCCAUUAUUGCUUAUUUCGAUCUGCUAAUUUUGUAGAUUCUGGAAAUAAAUUAAGAUCGGAUGU